AUGCAAUACUCAACUUCUACUACACCAACUAAUUCACCAACUCGACCACCCUUUCAUAAGAAUAGUUCCAUACCUUCUUCCCCUCUCAAUCCCCGAGUCGAAACCAUUGACCCGUUUUCAGAAGUUCCACCUUCUUCUCGUCAUUCGACUCCUCAUCGCUCCAAACGACAGGUUGAUAUUGACAUAAAGGAAUUAAUGAAACUAGAGUCAGAGUUAAAAUGUUUUGUUUGCAAAAACUUUUAUGAUCUCCCAAUGUCAUCAAAGUGUCAACAUACAUUUUGUGCCGGAUGUGCAAAAUUUGAUAGUAAUAAUAAUUUGACUGGAUUAUGUUGCCCUAUUUGUGGGUACUCCUUCACCUCCUUUACACAGUUUUACAAAAAUAUUAUGAUUGAAGAUCUUAUCAAAGAGUAUAAAAACAAUAGUGAAUUAAUAGCGCGUUUAUACACUCUAGGUAAACAAGUCGAAGAAAGAGAGCGUCGUGAUGAAGAGAAAAAGUCUAGGCUGAUAGAAGAUAAAGUGUCAAAAUAUAUGAAAGAAAAACCUUUCAAACUUAAUUCCGAUUUAAUAAAUGGUUCUUCAUUGUUUGAAGAAAAGCCUUUAUUAAAAUUUACACCGGAAAAAUCAAUUAAAAUACAUGUAUAUGAUAGUGAUAGCAAAGAUAGUAACAAGCAGAAUCACAAGAAGAGACGAACAUUUGGUGAUGAUAUUGAAUUAUUUUCCCCGAAUAAGAAUGUUCACCCUCCAAAUAAAUCUCAUGGUAAGAAGCCAAAGGUUGUUUAUAGCUUAAUGAAUGACAGGAAAUUGAAGAAUCUUCUAAAGGAGGAAGGUUUGGCAGCAGAUGGAACUAAAAGUGAAAUGAUAGCUCGUCACUCUUACUAUACAAAUCUUUAUAAUUCAAAUAUUGAUGCGACGAAUCCAAAGAGCAAAGGAGAAUUAUUAAGAGAAAUGAAGAAAUGGGAAAGAGCUCAACAUAGUGAUGAAGCAAAAGAUGCCAACUUGCUUAAGAAAACUUUAACUAAUCAGGAAGGAGUCGAUUCUUAUGAUAUCCUUUUUUUAAUUAUAUGA